ACGGAUCUCUGGAAAACCUUUGGGACUUCUAGAAACCCCUUAAGUUUCCUGAAAAAGCUUUUAAACUACAUAGUUGGAAAGAGCAUAAAAUUCUGAACAAAAUGAGAUAUCACUUAUUCUAAGCCAUAAAUUCGAUAAUCUAAAAAUUAGGUUUUUAUGGUAAACCAUUUUUGCUCGAACAACUGUUAUUUUUUCACCUUUUUAAAGUAAUUACUAAAAUUAUGAGCAAUACUUCAUUUUGUGCUCUUUCCAACUAUGUAGUUUAAAAGCUUUUUCAGGAAACUUAAGGGGUUUCUAGAAGUCCCAAAGGUUUUCCAGAGAUCCGUACAAGACGCCAAACUUUUGCGACCGGAUUCGGAUAGAUCACACUUGAAUGUCUAUGAAAAAGUACACGUCGUUUUAUUCUUAAGCCACACACUCGAGAACGGCGUCACACAAUAUGAACUUCUAAGAUCCUCAAAAGACCUUCGAUGUCGCGCUGAGGGUCCAAGGUAAGAACGAUCUGACCGCAUUAUCGGAUAGACCAUGCAAUGGACCACAUAGGAUGAAAAUAUCCCUGUUCCAUCACGUGCCUGCACGGAGAAACAGAAUCUUUAUUUUUGCUCUCCACUUUUUAGACGCUGACUUUCCAUCGAGCGGACUCUAGAAAACCGUCCAGAACUUAGAAAGUAAAAGUCCUAGACAGCUCAAAAUUUGAAUUUAUAGAUUUUCACACAUGCUGAACAAGAUAGGACUAGUUAGAAGCAAAUCUGAGACAUCGAUUGAGCAUGGUCUUAUGGUAAUCUGUCGUUUUUCUCGGGCAAUAGCUCCCAGAUGAAUGGGCGACAGAUUCAAUUCAAUCAAUGAUUUUGCUUUUAGGAUAAUCUGAGUACUUUAUCCACACUCGGAUCGUGUAUACCAUAUCCACGCCAGUCUACGUCAUCACAGGAUGAUCUGAAAAAUCCAUUAGGUCAAAUGGGCACAUCGCUGAGAAAAAUGCAGGAAGAAUUAGAAAAUACUGAACAAAAAUAUCAUGAAGCCACUAUAGAAGCGUGCGAUAAAAUGGAACGGCUGGAAAAAGAAAGAGGGAAAGAAACGAAUAAAUUUAUCAAUUUAUAUGCUCAAAGCAUCCUAAUAUUAACAGAUAGAACGGUCACACUAUCAAAAGAGUUAUCUAAUUUAAGAAUAAUUCCAGAGGAAGAUAUUCUAUCGGUAAUUAAACAAUACAACGUCAAAGUACCACAAACAGAAAUUUUAUUAUAUGACAUUUAUGCAGAGGACGAACGUAAUGUAAUGAGUCAAGAACGACGUUUAAACAGUUUAUCACAUUGGUUGCAAAUGUUAAGCGAUGAUUUAGAAAAUCAACAAAAAUCGAAAGAUGCGAGUUUCUUUAAAAUACAAUCCGUUUAUAAUCGUUUAACCGGUGCACAUGAACCAUAUUUCAGAGACGCAGCAAGUUUAACAGAGACCUAUACGAAAGAUGGUUGUCCGACCACAAUGUUAAGAAUUUCACAUGAAUCAGUCACUGAACAGCCUUCUGCUCCAGUGGAGCUAAAAAGCAGAAAUCCUUUUCCAAGCAAACAGUUCUCAGCGACUAUUCCUCAAUAUCCGCAAAAUGUGCAUCCGUCAGCUCCACCAUGCAUUGGUUUUGUUGAUGCACAACUUGCAUCUGCUUAUUCACAAAAUCCCGAUCAUCAUGAUAAACUAUACCCCGUAAUAGCUUAUAGUGAGUAG